AUGUCAUCCGACCCAAACACAAUCCUCGCCCUCUUUGCGCGCGGCACCCUCGCCCGUCUGUCGCUCUGGCCCGUGAUGCGCGCCGCGAUCGAGAACUCGUGGGGCGGGCCGCGGAGCGCUGCGAAGCGAACGUGGCUCGCGGGCGAACUCGUCGACGCGUUCGAGAGCAGUCUGCCGCGGGGACAGGGCGCGGGCAAGGGCGAGGAAGAGCCGGACGAGGAGUGGGUCGCUACGAUGCUCGGGCAGGUGAUGGAAGACGAAUUCGACGUCGUGCUCGAAGACGACUCGCACAUCUCCGUCGCGCGCGACCUCGUCUCGCUUUGGAGCGCUGCGAAAACGCUUAAUGAGGAGCCUGUGAAGGAGUGGGAAUUGAGGGCAGAUAAAGCGUCGGGCAAACGGAUAGAUGUACAAGUGCAGUCGAAGGUGAAGCAUGUGGAUGAGGCGGGGAAUGAGGUUGAUGGUGGGGAGGAGAGUGAUGAUGGGGAGGAGGGGGACUGGGAGGACGAGGAUGGAGGAGGGGAGGAGGCGCCGCAGUUGAUUGAGAGGAGGGAAAGAGAGCCGGUCGUCGAUGAGGACGGGUUCACGCUCGUACAAGGGAAGGGCAAGGGCAGGCGAUAG